CACACACACACAGCACCUGCCGCGUCUGUCCUCCUAAACUCAGACUCUCUCCAUUGACUGACACUGUUGUUAGUAAUGUGGUGCAGCAGAACAGCGCUCGGGAGACUACAGAGAAUCGCCCCCUGUACCGUGACCGGACUUCACCGCGCGAUGUCCGCGUUACCAAAAGUGUAUGUUACCCGCAGGGUCCCGCCAGACGGACUGGACAUUCUGCGAAAAUCCGGACAAGUGCAGUUUGAGUUGUGGGACUCUGAUGACCCCGUGCCCCGAGUUGAGCUGCUGAACAAGGUCAAAGGUUGUGAUGGGAUUCUGUGUGUACUUACAGAGAAGAUUGAUGCACAGCUUCUGGACGCGGCAGGUCCAAAUCUGAAAGUCCUCAGCACCAUGUCAGUGGGCUAUGAUCACCUUUCUCUCGAGGAGCUUAAGAAAAGAGGAAUCCGUGUUGGAUAUACACCUGAAGUCCUGACCGAUGCUGUGGCUGAACUGACUGUUGCUCUGUUACUCGCCACAUCCAGAAGACUCAUUGAGGCCACGCAUGAGGCUAAAACAGGUGGCUGGGGAACUUGGAGAACUAUGUGGCUGUGCGGUCAUGAACUGGCAAACAGUACGGUUGGCAUCUUGGGACUUGGGAGGAUUGGUGUUGCUAUUGCCGAACGUCUGAAGCCAUUUAAGGUGAAGAAGUUCAUCUACACAGACGUGGAGCCAAGAACUGAGCUUGCGAACAUGAUAAAUGCAGAAUAUGUGUCUUUAGAUGAACUGGCCAAGCAGUCGGAUUUUCUGGCCAUAUGCUGCGCUUUGACUCCAGAGACUCAUGGCAUCUGCAAUUGGAAUCUCUUCUCCAAGAUGAAGAAAAAUGCCAUCUUCAUCAACACGAGCAGAGGUGGCGUGGUGAACCAGGAGGAUCUGUAUGAAGCUCUGUCCACGGGUCUGAUUGCUGGCGCAGGGCUGGACGUCACCACUCCUGAACCGCUGCCAACACACCAUCCGCUCUACACACUCAAAAACUGCGUGAUUCUUCCUCACAUUGCCAGUGCGUCCUAUACCACACGAAACGCCAUGUCUGCCCUCGCUGCCAACAACCUGCUGGCAGGACUCAGAGGAGAAGCCAUGCCCAAAGAGCUUAUACUGUAGAAGGGAAAAGUACUGGUCAAAUUAAAACAAUCUGUAAUUAUUCGUUUAACUUUCUGUUGUUUUAAACCUGUAUGCUGUUGUUGUUUUUUGAUGGUAGACAUAAAGCUGAACGUGAAAUCUUCACAGCAUAUUGUCUAUGUACAACAAACAACUUAAUGCUACUGGAAAAUGUUACAUUAGGAGAAUUAGUAGCUUGUAAGUAGGAAUUGGUAUAAUCAUGUUCACAUGUAAAAAGUAAGAAUUAAAGGGAUAGUUCACCCCUAAAUAAAAACUGCUU